AAAAUGGAUUGGUGGCAGAGCGUAAAGCAAUGGGUAGGCUUACCCAAAAAGCAACCUAAAGUUGAAGGCAAUAGAAGCCAAUAUUCAAUGGUGCCGCGCGGCGAGCUGACCGCGGAUAUACUGACGAUAUGGAUUGAGUUGCCAGAUGAGGUGAAAAAUGAUCCGUCGCUGGCUCGGUAUAAGAAACUCUAUGAAGAAAAACAUGGAAAAAUCCCAGUAAUAUCAAAGAACCCAGAGUCGCAGAAGCGACUGAAGCAUGUACAGUCAGCCCCGAUGCUGCAGUCGGUACAGUCGGACGAGAUGCAGUACAAAAAUGACCGCAACAAGACCGAAGCUGCAGAGAAACUGGGCAACCAUGACGAGACACCAAUGUAA